UUAGGAUUGGGGUGAAGAAAAAAAUCUUGCAAAAAAACUUCAUUGGAAAUAAUGGCUUCUUCCUCAUCUUCUUCUGUGUCUCUAAUGGCUUCCCAAACCCUAAUCCUUCAAAACCCGACCUUCCUUCACCCUCACAGACCCUCAAUUGUCUCUCUUUCUAAACCCAAAUCCAUUUUCUCUUCCAAACCCGUUCACCUUUCUCUCAAAAACCCUAAGAAACCCUUAAUUAUCGCCUCAUCUUCUUCCUCAUCGUCGCCGACAAUAGCUCCCAAUCCACCGACGGAACCACUACUCACCGGGUCAACCAGAACAAUCACAACCCUCUUCGCAAUUGCCCUCACAGCCUCCAAAGUAUUCGCUCAGAAGAUCGCCACUUUCGCCCUAAAUUUAAACCUCCAACAAAACGUACUACCCCUUACCGGAACUUUGUUCUUCGCCACCAUGAGCGGCCGACCGGCGCGUCUGCAUACGCCGUUGACUGUUGUGGCGGCCGGAAUGGCGAAAUGGCUUGAUAUUUACAGCGGGGUGUUGUUGGUUAGGGUUUUGUUGAGUUGGUUUCCGAAUAUUCCAUGGGAUAGACAGCCAUUGUCAGCCAUUAGAGACUUGUGUGAUCCUUAUUUGAAUCUGUUUAGGAAUAUUAUCCCUCCAGUGUUCGAUACUUUGGAUGUUAGCCCUUUGUUGGCCUUUGCAGUUUUGGGUUUUCUGGGCGGAAUUCUCAAGAGCAGCAAGAUGGGGUUCUAAGAGACACAAGUUACAAAACAGGUGUGCAAAAUUACGAAAAUGGGUCUGGCAUCUAUUCAAUAUCAUCAUGAAGGUUGGUCUUUUGGUGUCAUAAAAUUUUGCUUGUUUUCUUAUAUUUGUAAGCAAUUAGUAAUAUUUGAGGUACUAUUAUAGCAUUAGCAACUUUUAUUAUGAUCAAAUGGAUCUAUUAAACAAUCGGCUGCUUGUAUAAAUGCAGUGUAGACAUUUUUUAAUUGAUGUGUGACAAGUGGAAAUGGUUGCUAUUUA